UCGGCCGAUUCCGCCGCAGCGCUGCGUGGCCGCGUGUGGGGAUCGGUUCUGCACCCUGUGGGCGCUCUGCCGCACCGCCCACCAAGGAUGCAGCUGGGCGAGCCGCUGCUGGCGGCGGGGGCCUUGCCGGGCGCCCCCUUCUACCCGCUGGAGGGCGGCGGGGCCGGAGCGAGUCCUGGAGCGGGCGCUGGUGGAGGGUCCCGCGGGCCGCCCCGGCCGGGCUCGCCGCCGCGUCUCGACCUGGACAAGACGCCCAAGAAGUUCGUGCCAGCCCCCACCAUGCUUGGCGAGGGGGAGGUGGGCGAGCCGCCCUUCGCCGCCCCCAAGCCGGACGGCCGCAAGGCCACCCCCUGCGGGGAGGAGGAGCUGCCCCCGGCCGCGGCCACCCGCUACUCCAUGGACAGCCUCAGCACCGAGCGCUACUACCUGCAGUCCCCUGGGCCACCCGGGGCCGAGCUAGGGGGGCCCUGCGCCCUCUUUCCAUACCCACCGGCGGCGCAGCACGGCGCCGUCUACCAGCCGCCCGGCGGACAGCGCUACCCCUACGGCUCGGUGUUGUCGCCGGGCGGUUUCGCGGGCACCGUCUGCUCGCCCGGUGGUCGGGGGCAGUUCGGCGGCGGCGGCGGAUACCAGUACGGGCAGGCGGCGGCCGGCGGACCCCUCUACGGCCCCUACCCGGCGGCGUCGGGCUCCUGCGGCUCGCUAGGGGCACUGGGGGUGCCAGCCGCUGGCCCGGGGCUGCGGGCGCAGGUCUUCCUCUGCAACCGGCCUCUCUGGCUCAAGUUCCAUCGGCACCAGACAGAGAUGAUCAUCACCAAACAAGGCCGGAGGAUGUUUCCUUUCCUGAGUUUUAACAUCACGGGUCUCAACCCCACGGCCCACUACAACGUCUUCGUGGAGGUGGUGCUGGCAGACCCCAACCACUGGCGUUUCCAGGGAGGCAAGUGGGUGACCUGCGGUAAAGCUGACAACAAUAUGCAAGGCAACAAAGUGUAUGUUCACCCCGAGUCGCCCAACACCGGGGCACACUGGAUGAGACAGGAGAUUUCUUUCGGGAAACUGAAGCUAACGAACAAUAAAGGUGCUAACAACAACAACGCACAGAUGAUAGUACUGCAAUCUCUACAUAAGUACCAGCCUCGGCUUCACAUUGUGGAAGUGACUGAAGAUGGUGUUGAAGAUCUGAAUGAUUCCUCGAAGACUCAAACAUUUAUUUUCCCUGAAACGCAGUUCAUAGCAGUUACAGCAUAUCAAAACACUGAUAUUACCCAGCUCAAAAUUGACCAUAAUCCUUUUGCAAAAGGCUUCAGAGACAACUAUGACUCCAUGUACACAGCUUCAGAAAAUGACAGAUUAACUCCAUCUCCCACGGAUUCUCCUAGAUCCCACCAGAUUGUCCCUGGCGCCCGAUACAGCGUGCAACCAUUCUUCCAAGAACAGUUUGUCAACAACCUGCCCCCAGCCAGGUUUUACAAUGGUGAGAGGACCGUCCCUCAGACAAAUGGCUUGCUCUCCCCACAGCAGAAUGAAGAGGUGGCCAGCUCUCCUCAGCGGUGGUUUGUGACGCCUGUACAGCAGCCCAGUGCCAAUAAAUUGGACAUGAACUCCUAUGAGACAGAGUAUUCUCCUAGCACCUUGCUCCCUUAUGGCAUUAAAUCCCUCCCCCUUCAGACAUCCCAUGCUUUGGGGUACUAUCCUGAUCCAACAUUUCCAUCCAUGGCAGGCUGGGGGAGCAGGGGCUCUUACCAGCGAAAAAUGACAACAGGAUUACCCUGGACCUCCAGAACAAGUCCUCCAGGUUUCUCUGAAGACCAGCUUUCCAAGGAGAAGGUGAAAGAAGAAAUCAGCUCAUCCUGGAUAGAUACUCCACCCUCCAUAAAGUCUCUAGAUUCAAAUGAUUCUGGAGUCUACACAGGUGCUUGUAAGAGAAGACGGCUCUCCCCUAGCACUUCCAGCAAUGAAAAUUCCCCGACCAUGAAAUGUGAGGACAUUAAUACUGAGGACUAUAGCAAAGACACUUCAAAAGGCAUGGGCUACUACGCAUUCUAUACUAGUUCUUAAAGCAUUCUUUUAUUCCAAUUGGGGAAUUUUUUUCAGGGUGGCCUCGGUUUUUUUUGCAUUACAAUUGCCAAAAAGACUCUUGCCUUCCACCUUGAAUUGUUGUGUGCAAUUCUAAAGAAGGUGCCAAAGCUUUGAUUGUUGCAGGUAACUAAGUAGGGAAAGAGCAAACUGUGGUAGAAUUCUUCCCCUCUUUUAGAAAAAAAAACACAUGUGGGAGCUAUAAGCAGGAGUCUAGAUUUUUAUGAUGUGGCUUAUUUAUUGGAGACACUAAAGUGUACAGUUCAGCUUGUCUCAGAGGCCUGAUCAAAUCUAUGCACUCCUGAGCAAGGCAAUAGGGGGGUAGGAUCCCAAAUUUAAUUUUCUUCCCUGCCUGCCCCUCUGAUAAAAGGAGGUUGGGUUGCAGGGAGCUGCACAAAUGCUAUGUUCUGCUUUAGUCUGAGCUGGCUUUUUCAACCCUUGUCUGCAGCACAAUUGAGUCAGGCUUUCUGAAAGCUAAGGCUUUCUUAGGCAGAAGAUGGCCAAAAUAAGGCCAGCUUGCCAGGCAGGAUUUUGACUUGGAGGUCUUGUUGCUAAUGAUGGGGUUGUAAUGACCAAAUCUAACUUUUCUUAGUUUAUAGAACUUGCAUUUAAAAAAAGCCUCCAUCCCCAAAGCCUAACCUUUACUGAGGUGGCCAAAAAGUGUACAGUUGUGUUUUGUCUAGGUACACUGUAGAAUAUUGUGGAAUAAUGUAUAAAUAGUUGACCUAUAGCUGUUCAGUCAGAAGGACCUCCAGUGGUGCUUUAAAGUUCAAAAGGCAUUUUUUUUGGUUAAUCAAACUUAACAUAUGGAGCAUUGCAAAAAAAAAAAAAAAAAAAAUCUAUUUACAUGUAUCUAAAGUGACUUUUUCAGCUGCCCUGUACAAAAUGGGAAGUGAUGUAGUUUACCCACUCUUCUUGCCUGUAGUUUCAGCCAUUUUAAACUGAUCAGCCUACAGCACUGGCACACAAACUUCUUCCAACAAAACCCAGCUCUGUUUUCUUUUUCUAUGUAUAUAGUAGUAAUUUUUAAUAAAUGUGGUGGUGCCAUGGGUAAGGA